GUUUGUUGCAAAAGGUAAUUCUUCGUCAUGUCUGGUCGCGGUAAAGGCGGCAAAGUAAAGGGCAAGUCCAAGUCUCGUUCUUCGAGGGCUGGACUUCAGUUCCCCGUGGGUAGGAUCCACCGUCUCCUGCGUAAAGGAAAUUACGCUGAGCGUGUUGGUGCUGGUGCGCCAGUCUACCUAGCUGCUGUAAUGGAGUAUCUCGCUGCCGAGGUUCUUGAACUUGCUGGCAACGCUGCACGUGACAACAAGAAGACUCGUAUCAUUCCUCGUCACCUUCAGCUUGCCAUCCGUAACGACGAGGAGCUCAACAAGCUUCUCUCAGGAGUGACCAUUGCUCAGGGCGGAGUUCUGCCUAACAUCCAGGCUGUUCUGCUCCCCAAGAAGACUGAGAAGAAGUAAUUCUCCCGAGUGUGCAACAU